GCGCGCCCCCGGCCCCGGGACCCUCCGCCGCCGCCGCCGCCAUGGCCCGGCCACUGGUGCCCAGCUCGCAGAAGGCGCUGCUGCUGGAGCUCAAGGGGCUGCAGGAGGAGCCGGUGGAGGGCUUCCGGGUGACGCUGGUGGACGAGGGCGACCUGUACAACUGGGAGGUGGCCAUCUUCGGGCCUCCCAACACCUACUACGAGGGCGGCUACUUCAAGGCUCGCCUCAAGUUCCCCAUCGACUACCCUUACUCUCCACCAGCCUUUCGGUUCCUGACCAAGAUGUGGCACCCAAACAUCUAUGAGACAGGGGACGUAUGCAUCUCCAUUCUCCACCCACCUGUUGAUGACCCACAGAGUGGGGAGCUGCCCUCGGAGCGGUGGAACCCCACACAGAACGUCAGGACCAUCCUCCUGAGUGUGAUCUCCCUGCUCAACGAGCCCAACACCUUCUCACCGGCCAAUGUGGAUGCCUCAGUGAUGUACAGAAAGUGGAAAGAGAGUAAGGGGAAGGACCGGGAGUACACGGACAUCAUCCGGAAGCAGGUCCUGGGGACCAAGGUGGACGCAGAGCGCGAUGGCGUGAAGGUGCCCACCACGCUGGCCGAGUACUGCGUGAAGACCAAGGCGCCGGCGCCCGAGGAGGGCGCGGACCUGUUCUACGAGGACUACUACGAGGACGGGGAGGUGGAGGAGGCAGACAGCUGCUUCGGGGACGACGAGGACGACUCGGGCACCGAGGAGUCCUGACACCUCGUCCACCGAAUAAACUCUCAGAUUUUACCUCAUGGGACGGACGCUGGCUCUCUCGACAGGCUACCUCACGGCACUGCCUUGCCCUGCUCUGGGCGUCGCCUUUGGGUGUCCUUCCUUCCCCGUGCGGUUCUGGGUUUUCCUUGCUUCACAGAAGAGCAGCGGGCUUCGGCUUGCCGGCCCCCUCCUGGGAUGGCAGAGCCGCAGCAGCCAGGGUCGUGGGCGGGCCCCAUCCAGCGGCUUCGAGGCUGGGGUCCUAGCUCCUGAGUGGACGGACUGCUUUGAGGUCACCUCCUUUCUGCUGUGGUUUGUUUGAAAUCUAAAUAAAACUGCCUGUGAGAAGGCAGACCACUCCUCCUUCAGGGAGGCACCAGGGCCAAGGGCAUCACACUGCUGGCGCCUUGUGCCUCCACAGUGGGCCAAGGUGGGGUUGGGCAGAGCCAUGCCCCUGGGCUUGGUGGUCACCUCUGCAGCCUAGGAAAUGGGGUAGCCAGGGAACCCCCUAGUUGCAUUUAAGGGAAAGGGCCCCAUCCACAGAAGCCAGUUUCCUUUGCACUUAUGAAAUGGCCCUUCCUGGAUGCUCAGGGCCCGGGGUGGACUCUGGUGCUUCCCAAGGGUGCCUCUCUCACUGGUGGCAAGUGGGACACUGCUGGUCUUGUGUCUGUGCAACUGAAAGAUCCAGAAUGGCUGGACUCAGGAGUUGGACUCGCUGACCUUGGAAUUGCUUGGAUGCCCAAGGUCAAGGGUAUAUGCCUGGACCAAACUGGGCUACACUGGCUCUUUCCCAGGAGGGCCCAAGCCAAGUGGGCACAGUGUGGUAGGCCCUGGACCACACUGCUGGUGGGUGCAGCUUUGCCGUUUGAGCCCUCAGCUCUGGUUUGCUUGGGUUUUAUUUUGGACAGUACUGGGGGUGGCCCAGGGCCUCGUGCUUCAUAGCAUGCUCUCGGUCCUGGGUUCAGUCCCUAAUACUGCACAAAAUGGGGCAGGGUGUCUCACUAAGUGGCCCAAGCUGGUCUCAAACUUACAGUCCUGCUGCCUCAGCCUCUUGAGUUGCUAGGGUGAUGGAGGUGGCCACUGUGCCUAUGAAUUUCCUGUUCAAAACUUUCUUUUCUUUUUUUUUUUUGGUACUAGGCAUUGAAUCGGGGCACUUUACCAUAAAGCUGUGUCCCCAGCACUUUUUAAUCACGUGAAGCUGGGUCUCACCCCGUUGCCCAGGCUGGUCCUGAACAUAGUCCUCAAGCCUUCUGAGUGGCUGAGUGACAGGCAGGUACAGGCCCUGCCGCAUCUGACCCUGUGGCGUGCUGCAGCCAGGCACAGCCCCUGCCUGCUGCCUCCCCUGCCUGCUGCCCCUACCACUGGGAGCCAGUCACAAGGGAGGGGCUGGAGGGGUUGGGGGUGGGUGUUAACAAGAGGGCAGUUUGGGUUUGGGCAGAAGCCUUGGAGGUGGGUGGUGGGCACACUGCAGAGCUUUCCCCUACAAAACGACUAAGAUGGUGAACUGUGUUUGUUACCACAAGAGAAAGGAGAGGCCUGGGGUGUGGCUCAGGCAGAGUGCUCCUUGGUGCAGCUGCACCAGGCCCUGGGCUCCAUCCCCAGCACCAAGGAGGAGUCGCACUGAAGCCUGACACAACAUAUGAGGUGGGGAUUGGAGCACUGGAUUAAACCAUAAGGAAGUUUGGUAGUCUCA